AGGGGGUCCUUUUUGGUGUAAAUCUGGACUCUAAUUCCGUAAUAUAUCAAGGAAUCUCGUAAAACCGACACUAAAACGUCCCUGCCUACAAAUCAUCCGGCCAAAUUAUGAGUUCAUUGUAUUAUGCGAAUGCUUUAUUUUCUAAAUAUCCAGCCGCAAGUUCGGUUUUCCCUCCCGGAGUCUUCCCCGAACAAACUUCUUGCGCUUUCGCACCCAACGCCCAGCGAACGGGCUAUGGAGCGGGCUCGAGUGCCUCUUUCGCCGCCUCCAUGCCCGGCUUGUACCCCAACGGGGGGGGGAUGGCGGGGCAGAGCGCGGCCGGCGUCUACACAGCCGGCUACGGGCUGGAGGCGGGUUCCUUCAACAUGCACUGCGCGCCCUUUGAGCAAAAUCUCUCCGUGAUGUGUCCCGGCGACUCUGCCAAGGCAGGCAGCGGCAAGGACCAGAGGGAGUCCGACUUGGCCGCGGAAAGUAAUUUCCGGAUCUACCCCUGGAUGCGGAGCACAGGGACAGACCGAAAAAGAGGCCGACAAACAUAUACUCGAUACCAGACCCUAGAGCUGGAGAAGGAGUUCCACUACAAUCGUUACCUGACUCGGAGGAGACGAAUUGAGAUCGCACACGCCCUGUGCCUGACUGAGAGACAGAUCAAAAUCUGGUUCCAGAACCGUCGGAUGAAAUGGAAAAAGGAGAACAAGACCACCUGCCCCAGCUCCAACAACCAGGACAAACCAGAGGCUGAGGAGGAUGAGGAAGAGUGAGAGAGAGAGAUUGAGAGGAGAGAGAGAGAUUGAGAGGGAGAGAGAGA